AUGUCGUUCUCACCCAUUCCCUCGUACGUCAUUGGCACCAUGUUCCUCGGCAUCGGCGUCCUCUCCCUCGUCGCACCCGAGGCCGACUACGCCGUCUUUGGCCUGCCGCUGGAGGGCCAAGCCAAGGCCAAGACCGACGGUGCCGCCGCCUCGUCCACCACCGGCACCGCCUCGCCCAUGGUCCUGGCCAAGGGCGCCCGCGACCUCGCCUUCGGCCUCACCUACGUGGCCCUCCAGUACCGCGGCCUCGACGAGGCCAUCACCGUGUUUUCGGCCGUGCUGUGCAUCGUCGCGCUGUCCGACGGCGCCAUUGUCUGGCAGUACGGCGGGCCGGCGCUCAAGAGCAAGGCCUGGAGCCACUGGGGCGGGUUGGUGGCCUUCGCCGCCUGGGUGGCAUGGCGGGCCGGUCUUUUCUAG